AUGACCAAAUCGUACAGCGAGAGUGGGCUGAUGGGAGAGCCUCAGCCGCAGGGUCCUCCGAGCUGGACAGACGAAUGUCUUAGUUCUCAGGACGAGGAGCACGAGACAGACAAAAAGGAGGACGACCUCGAAGCCAUGAACGCGGAAGAGGACUCACUGAGGAACGGGGGAGAGGAGGAGGAAGAAGACGAGGACCUGGAAGAGGAGGAAGAAGAGGAAGAGGAGGACGAUGAUCAAAAGCCUAAGAGACGCGGCCCCAAAAAGAAGAAGAUGACCAAGGCGCGCCUGGAGCGUUUUAAGCUGAGACGCAUGAAAGCAAACGCCCGGGAGCGGAACCGCAUGCAUGGGCUGAACGCGGCGCUGGACAACCUGCGCAAGGUAGUGCCCUGCUACUCCAAGACACAGAAGCUGUCCAAAAUCGAGACACUGCGCUUGGCCAAAAACUACAUCUGGGCUCUGUCGGAGAUUCUGCGUUCCGGCAAAAGCCCUGACCUGGUCUCCUUUGUACAGACGCUCUGCAAGGGCUUAUCCCAGCCCACCACCAAUCUGGUUGCCGGCUGCCUGCAGCUCAAUCCUCGGACUUUUCUGCCUGAGCAGAACCAGGACAUGCCUCCGCACCUGCCGACUGCCAGCGCUUCUUUCCCGGUGCACCCCUACUCCUACCAGUCUCCGGGGCUGCCCAGCCCGCCCUACGGCACCAUGGACAGCUCCCAUGUCUUCCAUGUCAAGCCGCCGCCGCAUGCCUACAGCGCAGCGCUCGAGCCCUUCUUUGAGAGCCCUCUGACGGAUUGCACCAGCCCUUCCUUUGACGGACCCCUCAGCCCGCCUCUCAGCAUCAAUGGCAACUUCUCUUUCAAACACGAACCGUCCGCCGAGUUUGAGAAAAAUUAUGCCUUUACCAUGCACUAUCCUGCAGCGACCCUGGCAGGGGCCCAAAGCCACGGAUCAAUCUUCUCCGGCGCCGCUGCCCCUCGCUGUGAGAUCCCUAUAGACAAUAUUAUGUCCUUCGAUAGCCAUUCACAUCAUGAGCGAGUCAUGAGUGCCCAGCUCAAUGCCAUCUUUCACGAUUAG